GCCGCUCAGAAGCCGAGCCGAACCGAGCGGGUCGCGGCGCUCGCGGCAGCAUGUCGGAGCUCAGGCAGCGGGCGGCCCGCGAGCCGGAAGUCCCGUCGGAGGAGAAGGACUCAGAAGUCAAAUUUGACGGAGAGACAGCAUCCGACAGUGAGAGCCGUGCAGAAACUGCUCCCAUACCUGCACCUGUAGAUGAUACCCCGGAGGUUCUCAAUCGGGCACUUUCUAACUUAUCGUCAAGAUGGAAGAAUUGGUGGGUGAGAGGCAUCCUGACCCUGGCUAUGAUUGCGUUUUUCUUCAUCAUCAUUUAUCUGGGACCAAUGGUUUUAAUGAUUAUUGUGAUGUGUGUCCAGAUCAAGUGUUUCCAUGAGAUUAUCACUAUCGGCUACAAUGUUUACCACUCCUAUGACCUUCCCUGGUUCCGAACCCUCAGCUGGUACUUUCUACUGUGUGUAAAUUAUUUCUUCUACGGCGAGACAGUGACCGAUUACUUCUUCACUCUGGUGCAGAGGGAGGAGCCUCUGCGGAUUCUCAGUAAAUACCACCGAUUUAUCUCCUUCACUCUCUAUUUAACAGGAUUCUGCAUGUUUGUGCUGAGUCUCGUCAAGAAGCAUUACCGACUGCAGUUCUACAUGUUUGGCUGGACCCACGUCACAUUACUGAUCGUCGUAACCCAGUCACAUCUUGUAAUCCACAACCUGUUCGAAGGAAUGAUUUGGUUCAUUGUCCCCAUUUCUUGCGUGAUCUGUAACGACAUCAUGGCCUAUAUGUUUGGCUUCUUCUUUGGCCGGACACCACUCAUUAAGCUGUCCCCAAAGAAGACCUGGGAAGGCUUCAUUGGGGGCUUCUUUGCUACUGUGGUGUUUGGUCUUCUGCUGUCCUACGUGAUGUCGGGGUACAGGUGCUUCGUCUGCCCUGUGGAGUACAACAACGACACCAACAGCUUCACUGUUGACUGUGAGCCCUCGGACCUUUUCCGUCUACAUGAGUAUAACCUUCCUGGCGUGCUCCAGUCAGCCAUUGGCUGGAGAACAGUCCGGAUGUACCCAUUCCAGAUCCACAGUAUCGCCCUCUCCACUUUUGCCUCACUCAUCGGCCCCUUUGGGGGGUUCUUUGCAAGUGGAUUCAAACGAGCCUUUAAAAUCAAAGACUUUGCCAAUACCAUUCCUGGCCACGGAGGCAUCAUGGAUCGUUUUGACUGCCAAUAUCUUAUGGCCACCUUUGUCAACGUCUAUAUUGCCAGCUUCAUCAGGGGCCCUAACCCGAGCAAGCUGAUUCAGCAGUUCCUGACCUUGCGUCCAGAUCAGCAGCUUCACAUCUUCAACACACUCAAGUCUCACCUGGCUGACAGGGGGAUGCUGACGGCUGUCACAGAGGAUGACGAGUAGGGGCCAGCCACACUGCCAGAGGAGGAGCAUGUCUGGGUCAGGGCCAGCCCCCCUAUCUAUCCACUUAGACCAGGAUGAGGCUUCAACACUGUCUGUCCUUUUUCUUUUCUUUUUUUUUUUUAAAGAAUACUUUUCUUUUGGGGGUUAAAAUUUUGUAAAUAUUUUAUGUGCUAAUGAUUUAGAUUGUGAGUCAGCUACAGCUCUGAGUCCAAAAUAAGUCACAGAGGUAAAACCAUUUUGGUUUUUAACAGCCCAGAGGACAGUGGCGCCCACCCUGAAAGUGUCUGCUGGGGGCUGUGAACAGUUCCUCUGUGUCUGACCCCCCAGGAUACCCCUCCCUGGUCACUGCCCGGAACAGGAAGGAGGUGCACAGCUUGGACGCCUCUGCUUCUCCUGUAUUUCUCUCUCCUUCCUGCCUGGGAGCUACGAAGAGGCAAGCUUUAGGGAUGGAGACCUAGAUGUCAGAUUUGCAUUCUCUACCCAGGAAAUCUCGCAGAGCAGAGAGCUCUGCUUAGUGAGAUGGGCUUGCCCACUUUCAGCCCAGACUGAAUGGAAGAUGGUUCUAGCGUUUGUUUUCUUCAGGAAACCCUGGAUACUUAUUCCUUGUAGCCUGGAGCAGAGACCUCCCUCUACUACUUCACAUGUCCUCAGUAGUUCAGCGCUAUAGGCGAGCCCUUUCCCCACAAGGGUAGGCCCAGCGCUUCCUUGCAGCUGGGCCAGCUAACCGUGUCUUUUCAGGGGCAAUGCCAUUCGCAUUUGUGCUGUAGACUUGUUGCUGCUGAUCCCUUCCAGGGGGCUUUCCCAGGAGCAGAAGCAGGGGGCCGAUACAUACUUCUUGCCCCUUCCCCGCCUGCCUCACCACCCCUAUAGCUGCUGUGUUGUAUAUAUCUUACUCUUA